GGAUUGUGACCGAGGUCCAGCGGAGCGGGUGAGGUCUGCACCUCCGAGCCUGUAGCCGAUCCCAUACAAGGCGCGUUCGGAGGAAGGGGAAUCGGGCCUGGCCCCUGUCUUCUGCUCUCCGACGGACGCAUCUGCCCCUGCUCCCUGGACGUUGCCCCCGACAACCUCCAAGCGCUCACCUGCCGGCACCAACUGUGGCGGGGUGGCGAAUCCGAGCCUCGGCUGCAAGAAGCAGAAAACGAAAUGAAAUAAGAGACCUUACGUAUACGACAUACCCAGGAACCGCGAUACCACAUCGGGCUAGAAGACCCAUCCUCCCACAGCGUAUAACAAAGGCUGUCCCGACCCCGGCCAGUUUUUCGUGGUUGGUUUGCGCACACCACGAUGGCCCUCGGUGACCUCGAGAAACGCUCGUCAAGCGGCAGCUUCAAGGGUUCGCUAGCCGACGACCACGUCGCUUCUGCUCGCGGUUCCGACGCUUCUCAGCAUCUCCUCGUCGGCGACGAAGUCCACCGCGGCUUGAGGUCCCAUCAUAUCCAGCUGCUCGCUAUCAGUGGUGUUAUUGGCACAGGUCUCUUCGUCGGAACUGGCGGUGUCCUCGCCUCGACGGGCCCGGGUGGAUUGCUCAUUGGAUAUACCAUCUGGUGUGUUUUCCUGCUAUGCGUUGCACACGCGAUGGGCGAGAUGUCUGCCUACCUUCCUGUACCGGGCUCCUUCGCCACGCACUGCGGCCGUUUCAUAGACCCUGCCGCUGGCGUCGCCAUGGGCUGGAUCUACGCUUACAGCAUGAUGGUGUUUACGGCAGCCGACUGUUCUGCCUUGGUUGGCUUAUGGUCAUACUGGUUCCCUGAUAUAUCGCCCGCUGUAUGGGUGACCGUGACACUCGUGGUUGUGAUGUGCUUGAAUUGCUUGGUUGUUAAGUACUUCGGCGAAGCAGAGUUCUAUGCAUCCAUCUUCAAGAUUUUUUUGAUCCUUGGUUUCCUCAUCUUCACGUUCAUCGUGGUCUUAGGUGGCAAUCCCCAUCACGACCGCAUUGGCUUUCGCUAUUGGAAGCAUCCUGGAGCGUUCAACGAGGCGUAUACAACUGGUGGUCUAGGCCGUUUCCUAGCCAUAUGGAGCACCUUCACUACCGCUGCGUUCUCGAUCGGCGGUCCCGAUUUCAUCGCGAACUGCGCUCCAGAGGCACAGAAUCCCCGACGCACCAUUCCGAAAGCAGUUAAACGAGUCAUCUACCGGCUCAUCUUCUUUUUCAUCCUCUCGGUCUUGGCUGUCGGCAUGCUCGUGCCGUUCAAUGACCCGACGAUGCUGGCCGCUCAAGCCAACGGUCACGGCGUUGCCAGCUCGCCAUUUGUGAUCGCGAUGCGGCGGUUGGAUAUACGGUUCCUUCCGGACCUCGUGAACGCCAUCGUCAUCACGAGCGCUUGGUCAUGCACGAACUGCCUGCUGUUCCAGGCCUCGCGUACGCUCUACGGUCUCGCGAAACAGGGACGCGCUCCGAAGAUCCUGGCCAGGACCACCAAAGGCGGCGUGCCCCUGCCGGCUUUGGUGUUCAGCCUUGGCGUCAGUUGCCUAGCGUACAUGACCGUGAACAACAGCUCUUUGCAGGUGUUCAACUGGUUCAUCAACCUGGGCUCUGUCUCGAUCAUGAUCGCCUACGUGCACAUGCUUUACGCUAAUCUGCGUUUCCGUGCGGGUCUCAAGGCCCAGGGUAUACCGUUGGAGACCUUGCCCUUCCGGUCCCGCUUUGCUCCUUAUUCAAACUAUAUCGCCCUAUUUGGUGUGGGCAUCAUCCUCCUGACGAAUGGAUUUGGCGUCUUCAUCCACGGCCACUGGUCGUUCGCCAACUUCUUCACCGCUUACUUCGGGAUUGUGUUCUAUCUCGCAAUCUAUCUCGGAUGGAAGUUCUGGCACAAGACGACAUUUGUCAAGGCCAGCGAGAUGGAUCUGAUCACUGGCAUCGCCGAGGUCGAGGCGCACGAGAAAGAGUUCCCGCUCAAGGAACCCAGCACGCGUUACGAGCGUUUCAUGGAUUGGCUCUGGUGAAAAGGUCAAACGGCAAUGAACUUUACCCUCGAUUAUGGGGAUAUGCAUAUAGAAUCUCUGGUCAUACUAGCUUUUCUCGC